AGGCCCUAGGGCGGGGUGAGAUGCCGCAGCGGCCGCGUCGCUUGUAAACAGAGCCUGCUUCUGCCCACGUGAUCGUGCGAAGUACCUGCACUGGGAGCUGUAUUGUCCGCCCGGUGCAGGACGCUACCGCAGCUAGAGGCGGGGCCGGCGCAGCCCGCGUCGCGCGAGCGGCGCAACGAGCGGCAGCAGGAGGCCGAGCUCGCGAGCGGCUGUUCCCCCGCCCGCCCGGCCGGGCUCCGGCGCAUCCUUCUCCCCCAAGAUGGCUGAAGGCGGGCAGUGAGCCGGCGGUGGACGCGGAUGCCUAGCGCGGGCGCGUAGCGGGACACCAUGUCCGCCUUCGCGCUGGAGGAGACGCUGGAGGCGGACUGGGUGGCGGUGAGGCCCCACGCCUUCCUCGAGGGAGAGAAGCACAAGUUCGCCUUCAUCGUGGCCUGGAACGAGAUCGAGGGCAAGUUCGCCAUCACCUGCCAUAACCGGACUGCUCAGCGGCAGCGCAGCGGCUCGCGGGAGUUGCGCCGGGGCAGCCCCGGGGGGCCGGAGCACAGGGCCCCUGCCCAGGCCGGCGCCCCCGCGGCCCGCCGGACCCCGGCCUGCGGGGCGGACUCCAGCCCGGCCAGGAGCUCCUCGCAUCCCCGUGCGGACUCGCUGCUCCGGAGCGCCGCGGCCGGGGCAGAGGCGAUGCUGAAGAGCCCGCUGCGGACGAAGGCCAGUCCGGUCCGGAGGCCGCCGCGCAGCACGGACGCGGCGGCGCCGAGCCCAGCAGGUGCGGCCGAGGAGAUCGAGGUGCUGGAGCUGGUGAAGGAUGAACCCGCGGCCCCUCUGCUCUUGCUGCCGGGACCCAUCCAGCAAGGUGCCGAGCCGGCCGCAGAUGCGGACUCCCCGGGGGAGGAGUGCAGCUGGGCCGGCCUCUUCUCCUUCCAGGACUUGCGGGCCGUGCAUCAGCAGCUGUGCUCGGUGAACUCGGAGCUAGAGCCCUGCCUGCCCGUCUUCCCUGAGGAGCCCUCGAGCAUGUGGACUGUGUUGUUCGGGGCCCCGCAGCUGUCCGAGCAGGAGAUGGACGCGCUGUGUUACCAGCUACAGGUUUAUCUGGGCCAUAGCUUAGACACCUGCGGGUGGAAGAUCCUCUGCCAGGUGCUCUUCACCGAGACCGACGACCCCGAAGAGUACUACGAGAGCCUGAGCGAACUGCGGCAGAAGGGCUACGAAGAGGUGCUGCAACGUGCCCGCAAACGCAUCCAGGAGCUGUUGGAAAAACACAAGAAUACAGAAAGCAUGGUAGAGCUGCUUGAACUGUAUCAAAUGGAAGAUGAAGCCUACAGUAGUCUUGCUGAAGCUACCACAGAACUGUACCAAUAUCUACUACAGCCAUUCCGAGAUAUGAGGGAACUUGCAAUGCUCAGAAGACAGCAGAUCAAGAUCUCCAUAGAGAAUGAUUACCUAGGUCCCAGGAGAAUUGAGAGCCUACAAAAAGAAGAUGCAGAUUGGCAGCGGAAAGCCCACAUGGCUGUCCUUUCUAUUCAGAAUCUUACUGUUAAGUACUUCGAAAUAACAGCCAAAGCACAGAAAGCUGUGUAUGAUCGAAUGCGAGCAGAUCAGAAAAAGUUUGGUAAGGCAGCAUGGGCGGCAGCAGUAGAACGUAUGGAAAAGUUGCAGUAUGCAGUUUCUAAGGAGUCACUGCAGCUGAUGAGAGCUAAGGAAAUCUGUUUGGAGCAGAAGAAACAUGCGCUGAAAGAAGAGAUGCAGAGUUUGCAAGGUGGUACAGAAGCCAUGGCCCAUUUGGACCAGUUGGAAGCUGAUUAUUAUGAUCUACAGCUUCAGUUGUACGAAGUGCAGUUUGAGAUUUUGAAGUACGAAGAGCUGCUGCUGACAGCACAACUUGAAAGCAUCAAAAGACUAGUGUCAGAGAAGAGAGAUGAAGUGGUGUAUUACGAUACUUAUGAAAGUAUGGAAGCCAUGCUUGAAAAAGAAGAUAUGGCAACAUCUAUACACUUACAAAGAGAAGAGCUGCAGAAGUUGCAACAGAAAAUCCGCCAGCUGGAAGCAAGGCGUGGACGCAUUUCAGCCAAGAAAGCCUACCUCAGAAACAAAAAGGAGAUCUGUAUCGCAAAGCAUAAUGAAAAGAUCCAGCAGCGCCAUCAGAGUGAAGAGAAAUACAGAAUGCAUCAUACUGUGCAACUAAAGCAAGAUCAGCUGCAAGAUGAAGAGGAAAAAAAGAGCUCCUGGGUUAGUCAGGAGCGACAGAAAACACUGGACAGACUUCGCACGUUUAAACAGCGGUAUCCUGGGCAAGUAAUCCUUAAAUCAACCAGACUGCGACUGGCACAUGCAAGAAGUAGUAGUACACCCAGCUCAGUGCCCUAUGUAGAUCAACCUCAAUCUCUACCAGUAACCACACAGAUCCAAAAGAAAACUGAGGACGUGGAAUUGGGAAAAGUAAUCCAGCCUUUACAAACCCAGGAGCCCAGAAGCUUAGACCAACUUGAAGAUAGUUUGUCACCACCCAGUGGCAUUCCCUCUGAACUGUCUCAUCAUACUGCUCUUCCACUUCUUGCCAGUACUGAGCUUCAACCAGAUCCUGUUACUGUAGUUCCACUUCCUCCUCCUUUGCCGCCACCGCCGCCACCGCCUCUGCCUAUCAAGGAAGAUUCUACUGAAUCCUUAGAGAAAAGUGACAGCCCUGUUAAACAGGAGAGUGAGGAUAAGGGAGUCCCACAGUCUACCACUGUCCCAUCAGCACAUCUUUUUGAUAGCAGUCAGUUAGUCAGUGCCAAGAAGAAACUUAAGAAGACAGAUCUAGAGGGUUUACAAAGGAGGAGAGUGAGUUCCCCAAUGGAUGAGGUGCUGGCUUCCUUGAAGCGUGGUAGUUUUCACCUAAGAAAGGUUGAGCAGAGAAAUCUCGCUCCUUUCCCCGAUGAAGAUGACAGCAAUAACAUCUUGGCACAGAUAAGGAAAGGGGUGAAACUGAAGAAGGUGCAGAAAGAUGUUCUGAGAGAGUCUUUUACAAUUCUGCCUGACACUGACCCUUUAACACGUAGCAUCCAUGAAGCACUGCGAAGAAUUAAGGAGGCAUCACCUGAAUCAGAAGAUGAAGAGGAGAGUUUGACUUGCACAGACUGGGAAAAUUAACCUGGGACUAGCAACCACUGAAGCAAGGAAAAAAACAACAACAAAAAAUAUCCCACAACUGGAGAUCAAUCUUCCUCUUCAUUUCAGAAAAUUCAAAGCCAGCAAUUUGGACCAUCAGCUGCAUAGUAAAAAAAAGGCUUCCUUUGGCAAAUGAUUGAGUAUGUGAAAAAACGUGAAACACUGAUUUUUUUCAGAUUAUUUUUUUAUUCAUUCCACAAGUGCAAGGUUGGACAAAAAGCUAAGUUGUUUAAUUAUGCAUUUUAUAUAACUGUAAUGAGAAAAGGGUCUUCAGGAUGUUUUCUCAAUUCUUUACGCACUUUUUACAUUUGUGUUGGUAUAUAUGGCCAGUUAAGUGAGGGAAUAUUUUAAGUGGGAAGAAUGCUGCAUUGAUAAAGCUACCGGGGGAUGCAGUUAAAACAUGAGAACAGCUAUGAAACCUACUUUUCAGUGCACUGAAAAUAUCAUCUGCUUGAAAAACAAAUUUAAUAGCUGUUCCUCAAUAGCUAAAAUUCAGAUAGAGAUGCAAGAUCUCUUUAGUUAUUCUUUUCACUGCAAAGAAAUGUGAUAGUAUGAAAAAUAAGAACAACAAAUGAUUGUACAGUCUGAGUACCAUAACAGUGGAAUACAUGUAUUUAAGAACGUAUGUGUUUACAAUAUGGUACACUUAACAUGGCAUAUUACAGCACCUUUUUAGAAGGUCAGAUAUAAUCUUACACCCUACAUUUUAAAAGUAGAUUUUUCCAUGCUCUUUUAAACAGUAAUAUUUAGGUGAGAUGAACUGAGUUAAUAGUUAUGCCAUACAUACAAACUUGUUAUAAGAAGCAAUAUUUUGUAAUUUGAUAAUACUUAAAAUUAUUUUUCUCUGUUAGCUUGACCUGUUCUUGUUUGAUUACUGUAAGUAACCUUCUUUACUUUCUUAUUUAAGGAGAAUGCAGGACUUAAACAUAUUAACACCAGUUAAGAAAGUUAUGCUUCUCUGUUAAUUUAGUAUUUCCUUUAGUAGCUACAAAAAAUUGUACAUCAUACCCAACAGCCUGUUUGGCUGAAAACUACACUUUAUUGCUCGCUGUAUGUGGCUCUAAAGGAGGGGAGGGUACAGUUUUCAAUACAGUGAGAAUUUAAAAAAGAAAUAAUCCUAAUCUGCAUGACUAAUAGCUGCGGGCAGCUAGUUUUAUAAUACCAGAUUACUUAAAAGUACAUCUUAUACAGAGUUAUAGGUAAUCUUGUACCAUGUUAAAGGCUCCAUGUAAUGUUUGUUUGUUGAGAAAUGCUCAAAUUAUAUGAAAGUCUUGACCAGCGUUUUAUUUGUAUUAAAAUUUUAUGUACUGUUUGAGAGACACGCCACCCCUUUCCUUUUACAAAAUUUAUAUUUGUGUUCAGUAUUCAUUUUAUGAAGGACAAAUUACUGUACUCAUUUUCAUUUAGAAGCAGAUUCAUGAAUUGCUAUUGUUGUGUAAUGGAGUACAUAUUCUUCUUAAACUUUUAUAACAGUUCUUCUUAAAAUAGUUGUGGGAGCAAGAAUAUUUACCUUGGCAAUAGGUUAUAUAACCAAAAUGAACCUCAGAUCUUGGAACAUUUAGGCUGUUUUACAAUGAUUGUCCUGAAUAAUAAAGAUCUGUCAUGUUUUGAAAGAUAAUUUGCCACUCUAUACUUGGCAUUGAUAGGCAUUUUUCUUGAUUUUUUUUUUUUUGCCCUACUUAUAAUGUUUAGUGAAACAUUUUCAUUUUCAAAAGGAAUGCUUAUGAGCAGCAUUUUUCAGAAAUGAUACCAAUUUUGCUCCAGGUAUCAGCUUUUGGGGCAGCAUCUUUCUUGGACAGAGCAUCAGUUCUAUGACGCAUCCAUCAUUAGCUUGUCAAGGACCUGACAACCUAAGUUCUUCCCAGUUUAUUUCUAUGGUUUUAUAUCUAACUAAUAUUUCAAAAUUUAUCAUGUGUAAUCAUUUAGCAUAAAUCAAAAGUGUAAGUAGUUUGUGUGCCUAUGGUGUCCAUAUUCCAGAUUACAGCCCGACCCGCCGGGGCUUUCCCUGAACAAACGGCGGCCCUAGUUUGAGAACCACUGGUGUAUAUGAAGCUGAGUGCUAGACCAACAGCAAUGGUGGGACAUCAACUAUGUCUAGUUUUUCUUGCUGCAAGAAACAAAACUGCAGGUUGGACAGUGUGCGUAAAACACUGGCAAAACUUUUGAGUUUGGGGGGGGGUGAAUAGUGUAAUUUGAAAAACAGGAAUAACGUUCCUUCCCCUUGCACUAAAUUUAUUUUCCACAAAUUUAUCACUAUACAGGGAGAUGUUUAAAUAGCUCUGUACUGUAUUGUACUACAGAGUUCUCAGGUUUAUCUACAUAUGAUUUGUCAACUUUGCCUUGAAAACUUGUUCAUGAUUAAAAGUAAACCUGUCCUUGAUACAUUUCUAUUUAGUUAAAAUAUUAGAUUCCUGACUGAGUCUGUAUACAUUGCUUAUUCAUAGGAAUAUCAUGUUUUAUGCACAUGCACAUAAAAGAUGGCUGCUGUGCUGAGCAUAAUAGUUUAUAUCAAAUUCAAACUGCAACUUUAAAAUGGAAAGAUGGUGUGUGUUAUCUACAGAAUAUUAAAAAUCAGAUUUUAAUCUAAAGUAGUUACUGGUUGUCACAAAAAGAAAAGGAGUACUUGUGCGGCUGCUACUCUGAAACCUGUGGUUGUCACAGUUUCAAACAGUUCUUCAAUUUAAUAGCCAUUUACAAUUCCAUGCAUAAAAAUACUCCCAGUGCUUUUAGAUAAUGAUUUAUACUGGUAUUGCAAAAGAAGUUAUAUGGGGAAAGUCCAACUACUUUCACAAGAGUUAGAGAAAUUAUGACAAUCCUUGUUAGUUUGGCACAUCUGUAACUGACAGUAAGUUUAUUGAAUAGCUCUGCACUUGAGAGACCAUGGCAAACAUCACUAUGGGGAUAGCAUUAAUACUUACAUGUGUACAAGAGGAAAAAAAGCUUUCACAUAAAAUGAUCACUAGAGAUUUUCAGUAUUUGCUCCUCAUGGAUGCACUACAUCAAUUUCGCUGAAUUGUUCUUUUUCUAGCCACUGAUCUUCAAGUAUUUCUCCUCUUUUGCACAUUCUACAUUCCAGGAAAACUUGCUUGUUUAUUCAAAAUAGAGAAGUUUGGUAGUGAAAUGGGUUCACUGAGGUAAGGAAUUGGAAUUUCCCAAUCUGAAAUGCAUAUAAAUUCAGGAAGCAUGAGUAUAUACUGUACUUUGGGGACUGAGAAUUUAUCUGUGAGAAAAAGGAAUUAAAACAGUUUAUUUCGAUUAAAGCAACCAAAAAUGAAAGGUAAACAAUAGUCUUUUGAUCAGGAAUGGGAUUAGCAUUUAUUUGAAUUUCUGUACCUCCCUCAUUGUGGUCCCAAAAUCCAUUAAAAAUUACUAACAUUCUUAUUUUAUUCACUUUUGCGUAUUAUGUUUGCAUAUUUUGAGUGGGAUUUAGUUUUUAAGCAUAGAUGAAAGUUUUGUUUCUCUCUUAAAUGUUACUUUUAAGAUUUCUUUAAAAAGUUUAGCAGCCUGUAUUCUACAACAUGUAGCUGUAAAAUAAGUAAACUUGAUCAGAUAUUGUGGUGUUCAAUUGCUGCAUCAGGGACUUUGGGUUCAAUAGACUUCAUCAGAUUCUUUGUAAAGAAUCACUUUGCCUUUCAGCAUUAUGUUCUGUAAAGUCAAAAAUCUUCAAACUAUGAGCAGUUCUUUAUUGAAAUGCAACCAAUUGAGACGAGGAAGCAGAAACUUCCAUUAGUUAAUGUUCUCUUCUAUUUCCUUUGUUGCACUGAAUUUAAAGACUGUAACUGUAAAUUAAGGUUACUUGCAGUUUAAGCAGAUGUUUAAUACUUAUGUACUUACUUUACCUGUGUUAUUUCUGGUAAUGAUCCCAUAAGCAUGAAGCAAGAUACUAUGUAUAAUGUUAGAGAAUCAAUAUGCUACAGCCAAGCAAGGCUUAUUGUAAAGAGAAGCAGUAAGAGCUGGAAGUAUCUUACUGAGAGAGCAUGUUGCAUUUGCUGAAUGCUGUUGGAGUAUAUAGGAAAGUAGGUUCAUUCUAAAAAGUGCUCUUUGGUAUAGUGAAGCACAUUGACCUAUAAUGCUAUCUAAUGCUGUGUAAAAUACAGCAGUGGCUGUUUUUAUCCUAUAAAUAUACUGUAAUUUAAAAUUUUCCUACAAAAUGAAUUUAUAUUUAAUUGCUACCUAAAACAUCAUGUAUUAAAGGUUAGAAUUUUUAGGAGGGGGCUGGGUAUGCCAAUGUAUUUUGGGGAGGGGGGGUGUUAUUGUGUGUAUUAUUCUUUGCACUGCCCAUUCAGUUAUAACUUCGUCCAAAAUUCCUGGCUUUGACCAUGGUGAAUCUGCAACUUGGGAUUUACAUAGCUUUAUUGUAAUUCACAUCUCCUAAAACCUGUGUCCUUGGGCCUUAGAAUGUUACCAAAAUGGUCUUCCUUCCCUUCCCCUAUGUGGAUUCUCAGAUAUCUUUAAAUAUGGACCAUGACCAAUUUGUGACUUUAUUGGACCUAUAAUUAUGUGAAUGAGGAAAGACUGCCUACAGCUGAUAGAAAAGACCAAGCUGGGGGUGUCUGUUAAAAGAAAAACCUUGACUGGACACAUGUUGCUCGUUUAUUAUCUCAGUGGGUAGGGCCCCAAACUAAUAUGAAGCACAGCAUCAAGUUUUUAAAUAAUUCAUCAUGGCUUUUAUUUAAGUUGUGCUUGGUAAUUCAAAGGUUCCACAGUAAUUAAUUUACCGAUAGAGUGGCUUGAUUUUCAAGUCUUCACAUCCAUUGGAAGAUACUUUUCACCCUCAUGAAUUGUGGAGAGGUAUGUGAUUAGAGACAGACUCACUGUGACCUCUCCAUACAUGUUUCUGUGGUUGCUGCCUACUUUACAAGUUAUCUUAUGUACUUCUAAGUGCAGAGCCACAAAGUUAGUGAAAUGCAGAAAGCUGCAGAUUUGCAUGAAUAAAGGGUUAAUAAAACUGACACUUUCUAACUUGGUUGAAUAAAUAAGAAAUAAUCAAAUGGAAAACUGAUUCACCAUCCACUAGCUUUGUACAAUAUUAUGAAUAGAAUCAAACACUAGCACAUUGUGCUUGGCUUUAAGAAAGUCUUUAACACAAUUAUAUUUAAACGGACAUUUUAAAUGCACAUUGUAUUAUAAAACUAUUCCUGCAAAUUUACAAUACCUAAUAAUGCUCAGUGUUCUAAAGUAUUAAGCAACAAGUGUAAAAAAUAAAAACUAAGUGAGCAUUUCUAGCAAUACCUGAAAACUAAAAAGAAAAAAAAUAUUGGUUUGACUGUUUGCCUUUUGCUCUCUUUCUUUAGUUAUUCUGUGUAUUUCAUGUUUUUACUAUCAUGACUUCAAAGUUAAACCUGUACACAAAGUACCAAAUCACCUUUUUCUUGUACAUGCGAUGUAACAACAUACUCACAAUUUUGGUGCUUAAAAAUGAUUUUUUUCUUUAAUAAAGGAUAUUUAUUUGAA